AUUCGAGCACAGUCUGGCCGACGACAGCAAUGUCGACCGACCCAUAUCAUGCUGUUCAGUCCGAGAUUCAGAGCUCGCUGCAAACGGCAGAACAGCUGCGUGCAUCCUUCGUACGCAUACACAGCACGGCGCGUGAGGGUAGCGAAGAGCUAGAAUGGGCGAGAAACGAGCUGAAAGCAACACUUGCCGCAUUGGAGGCAGACUUGGAGGAUCUAGAAGAGAGUGUGAAGAUAGUUGAAACAACCGGCGCACGUAUGUUCGGUCUUGAUGCCGCAGAGGUGAUGGAGAGACGUCGUUAUGUUGGGCGUGUGCGGAAUGAGAUCGAGAACAUGCGAGCAGAAGUUGACGGCGGGAGAGAGGCGACCCUUACAAAUCCCUUGUCACCACCACCGGCACCUCGGUUGCCCAUUCCAAUUCCAUCGCCAGCUCCUCCGGAUGGAGACCCACAGGCACAAUGGGCGCGUGAAGAGCAACAGAUGAUAAUCCGCGAGCAAGAUCAGACAAUUAGCUCGAUAGCAGGAACGCUCAGCACGCUUGCGCAGCAGGCAGGGCUUAUGGGGCAGGAAAUUGGGGAACACAAUGAGAUGCUGGAUGACUUGGGCCGUGGCGUGGACCGCUCUGAGUCCAAGCUCGCCGACGCCAUGAAAAAAAUGAAGAAGUUUAUGCGCGAUACAGAAGAAACGAAGUCGGGCUGGUGUAUCGUGAUUCUAAUUGUUAUAUUGCUGGCUUUGCUUAUGGCGGUGAUUCUAGUAUGAUUUAGAUGGUUGUGCGCUGGCUAUUACUACCCUACUGUUUCAGCUCAUGAAUGCGUGUGCUAUAAUACCAGACGGACUCUUAAAUUUCAGGCUUUUGGGGACUACAUGGGUAUUUUUAUGAAUAGCUGUGACUUUCCGUUAGGAGACCAUGUCGUCAGUUCCGCCCAAUGCAGAGGAGACCUUGUCGACG